GAAUAUUCGCAAAAUUAAACUAAUACAAUCACAAUGCACAACACUACAAAUGAUGCCACUCUCUUAACUAUUUCACUCAUUCCUCCAAAAAUAAAAAAUUAAAAAAAGGAAAAAGAACUAUUUCACUCAUUCCCUGUUAAUCCCUGUAGAGCCUGUUAAGCUUCAGACACGAGCAGAUUAAUCAAUCAAGAGAUGGAUAGCUCUGUGGCUCUUUUCAACCAGCUCAAGAACGCAGAGCCCUUCUUCUUGUUGGCUGGGCCUAAUGUGAUUGAGUCUGAGGAGCAUGUAAUGAAGAUGGCCAAGCGCAUAAAAGAUGUGACAUCUAAGCUUGGAUUGAAGUUGGUUUUCAAGUCGAGUUUUGACAAGGCUAAUCGUACUUCCUCGAAAUCGUUUCGUGGCCCUGGCUUAGAGGAGGGCUUGAAGAUACUUGAGAAGGUUAAACUGACAUAUGAUCUUCCUAUAGUGACAGAUGUGCAUGAGAGUAGCCAGUGUGAAGCUGUUGGAAGAGUUGCUGAUAUAAUUCAGAUUCCUGCCUUCCUCUGCAGACAGACUGAUCUCUUGGCUGCAGCUGCCAAGACUGGGAAAAUUAUCAAUAUCAAAAAGGGCCAGUUUUGUGCUCCUUCUGUCAUGGUAAACUCUGCUGAAAAAGUUAGGCUUGCUGGGAAUCAAAACGUUAUGGUCUGUGAGCGAGGCACAAUGUUUGGUUACAAUGAUUUGAUUGUUGAUCCCCGCAACUUUGAAUGGAUGAGGGAAGCAAAUUGCCCAGUUGUUGCCGAUGUUACACAUGCACUACAACAACCUGCAGGCAAAAAGCUGGAUGGUGGAGGUGUUGCAAGUGGAGGUCUCCGUGAAUUAAUACCAUGUAUUGCAAGGACAUCAGUUGUUGUUGGGGUGGAUGGCCUCUUCAUGGAGGUUCAUGAUGACCCCUUGAGUGCACCCGUAGAUGGCCCAACACAAUGGCCUCUGCGCCACUUGGAGGAGCUGCUAGAAGAGCUCAUAGCAAUAGCUAGGGUCUCGAAGGGGAAAAGGCCAUUCAAAAUUGAUCUCACGCCAUUUCGUGAUUAACGUGAAGUAAUUAUACUCAAAAUCUGUUACUAAGUGUAAUGCUUUUCCUCUGCCUUGCAUCAGGCAUUACCUGCCAUUGUGAUAUUUUUCUGAAUCCUUUUUCAGUAGUUGUACGACUCAGCAGUCGCUCAUGUUGUGUUUACAUUAAAAUCAGUAUAUCAGGAUUUAUGUUGUGGUUCUCAAUCUCAAAUAUAAUAGUGUACGUUGUUCCCA